AACGUCCGUGACCUUUAGUCGUGAUAAAUAUGGCAACCCAAGGAAAACCCGGUUGGGAUUUCGACAAAUUUGACGAUGGGUCUUUGAAAAUUGUUGGGGAAGUACAACUGAAGAGGUAUGGGAAAUUCCUUGAAGACUACGCUACUCAGUUGAAGGGCAUUGAAGAUGCCUUGGAUAGCUCGAUUGGUGAUGCUUGGGACUUCACUCUUGAUCCUGUCUCAUUGCAAUUUCUGCCCUACGAGCAGACAAGUAUCUUGGAACUGAUCAAGACAGAUAAUAAGAUCUUCAACAAGGUGAUGACAGUGUUUGCUAGCCUGUGCUGUGAGAUGAACAAACUUAAACAUGAGGCUGAAACAAAGUUCUACCCAGGGGUCAUGUUUUAUGGUGAAGGAGAGCCUGAGACUGGCUUGGAGGAAGGUGAAGCCCAGGUACAAAUGGGACGAAUGAUGCCCUUCAUUCAGGAAAUGUCUUGUUUUGUCAACCGCUGUAAUGAAGUCAUCAAAGGCACCAUACAUCAGCUGGCCUCGCUGUACAACAACGCCAAAACAGCUCCAAAGAUCAUCGACGUCACCCAUGUACACUUGCAGACGGUGUAUGAGCACCUUGGUGACAUGCUGCGUGUUCUAAUCACACUGGAUGAGAUUGUAGUGAACCAGUCAACUCUCAAAGAUCACUGGACUCUCUACAAGAGAAUGCUGAAAUCUGUUCAUCACAACCCUACCCGUUUUGGAGUGGAACAGUCCAAACUACGCCCCUUUGAGAAGCUGUUAAUGGGCAUGCAAGGGCAGCUUCUGGAUGGGAUGAUUUUUCAGAAUUGUGUAGAGCAAGGUUUUGACGAUAAUGGUGUCAUUGUGUCCAAGAACUCCUUCUUUGCAGAGGAGUUUGCUUUCAAUAUCCGUACCAUGUUCACUCAGGUGGAGCCAAAGAUUGGGGAGAUUAAUGAGAUUCACCAGAGGCUUCAGUAUGUAGGCAUCUGUGGUCUGUACGUACUUCACUUCCAAAUCUUUCGGGUCAUCGACAAGAAGAUGUUCAAGUCUCUGUGGGACGUCUACCGCAAGGUUCCAGCCAUGACCCUGACUGCCAACAUAGUAUGGUCAGCUAACCAGUUUCUCCUGAAGAGUCUGUCUCCACACAUUUCCCGGUUUCUUGAUAAGAAGUCUCAGCAGUCUGUGGUUCUUGGCACCCAGACCUACCUGCAGCAGAAGAGCCAGAGCCUAGUCAGGGAGGUGCAGGUAUACUACAUGCAGGUGUGUUCAUGGAUGAUAAAGAUGGAGUCCAGUCUGACAUCAGCAAAUACAGUCAUGGAGGAUCUCACACAUAAAUGCAAUCUCUUCAUUCAUGGUUUGCUGUUUGCUUUCAAUAUCAGCAACCUAGUGCGUACUGUGAUGAACCUUCAUGCACACAUGAACAAACCCAUGACCAAGACAGCUGUGUUGGCUCUAUGUCGACUCAUUGAAAUGCUCAAGUCCAUUGAGCACACAUUCCACAGGAGGACCAUGCUAGUAGCUGAAUCCAUCACUCAUAUCAUCCAGCACCUACAGUUUACAGCAUUGGCACUCGUCAAUGGCGCCAAGAAACGUAUUAUUUCUGACAAGAAGUACAGCGAAAAGAGACUGGAUGCUUUGUCUGCACUGGUACUUGUAGAGAAUGCUCUGAAUGGGACGGCUACAAAGGAGAGGAGACUGAUCGCUAAUCUUGCACUGCAUGUCGGCACACAAAUGAAAGCCUUUAAGGAGGAUGAACUGGCAUCUUACCGAACCACGAUGAACAAACUCUUCCUCGUCAGUGACUUCAGGGAAAAGCUCAGGGAGGCAUGUGAUUGUAGUUUCCUGUACUGGCAUCGUGUGGUCUUCCCCCUCUACUUGGCUGAUAGAUUUGAGAAUGCUGUGGAUGCACAUCGCCUUCAUUACAUGUUUGGUGCAUUGGCAGAUUGCGUUCCACCGAUCGUCCAGUGUAAGCAUCUGGAAUCCCCUCAGAAGCUGUUGGACUCCUUCGACAAAGAAAUCAAUGCUCAGUUUAAAGAGCAUCUUCUUGAUCCUUUGUGCCGUGCCAUUGAGACAGAUCUCCGCCUUUCAAUACACAACCAUCUCCAGCUGGACAGUCGUAAUCCCUUCAAAGUCCCCCUUCAAGACAAUUCACACUUCAUCAAGAUGAGACCCAUACGCUUCUUCAAUAACUUCUUGGAUAUCAAAGCUUCUGUGACCCACUACCUGGAUAAGACUUUCUACAACUUGACGACAGUUGCCCUGCAUGAUUGGAAGACCUAUGCGGAGAUGCGGAAUCUGGCAUCGCAGAAGUACGCUCUGACUAUGACUGAGGCUCACCUCCCUACACAGACCCUAGAACAGGGAUUGGACGUGUUGGAGAUAAUGCGCAAUAUUCAUAUAUUUGUGUCCAAGUAUCUGUACAAUGUCAACAAUCAGAUCUUUGUGGAACGUUCCAGCAACAACAAGCAUCUUAACACCAUCAACAUCCGACAUGUUGCUAACUCUAUCCGUACCCACGGCACAGGCAUCAUGAAUACCACAGUCAACUUCACGUAUCAGUUCCUACGCAAGAAGUUCUUCAUCUUCUCCCAGUUUAUGUACGAUGAACACAUCAAGUCUAGGCUCAUCAAGGAUUUGCGUUUCUUCAAGGAGAACAAAGUUGAGAUCCACCAGAUGUACCCGUUUGAGCGAGCGGAUAAAUUCAACAAGGGGAUCCGUAAGCUUGGUCUGACACCAGACGGUGAUAGCUACCUCGAUCAGUUCCGAAACCUCAUCUGCCAAAUAGGGAAUGCCAUGGGUUACAUCAGGAUGGUCCGAUCUGGUGGACUGCGAUGCUGCAGCAAUGCAAUCAGGUUUGUACCGGACUUGGAGGAUAUUAUCCAGUUUGAGGAACUAGUAUCAGAGGAGCAUCUGUCAGAAGAAGCUAAGGUUGCUGCUAACAAUCUUGACAGUGUUAUUGGGAAUCUGACCAAGAACUUUGCUGAAGGAACUGAGUAUUUCAAGAUGCUGGUUGAUGUGUUUGCUCCUGAAUUCCGCAGCUCCAAAAACAUGCAUUUACGCCACUUCUUCAUGAUCCUUCCACCACUGACGCUAAACUUUGUUGAACAUGCCAUCAACUGCAAGGACAAACUCAGCAAGAAGAACAAGGUUGGAGCAGCCUUCACUGAUGAUGGAUUCGCUAUGGGAGUGGCGUACAUUUUGAAACUGCUGGACCAGUAUCAAGAAUUUGACUCUCUUCACUGGUUCCAUUCUGUUCGCUUCAAGUACCAGAAAGAGAAGGAGGCUGUGAAGAAACAGCAGGCUGGUGAUGAGAAGCUCCAACAGACUGUCAGCUUGACCAUCAAGAGACUCGACACAUAUCAGAGGGAGUUUGACUUGCUGUACUACAGUCUUAGCAGCGCUCGUAUCUUCUUCCGGGCGGACAAGUCGGCAGCAGAGGAGCAAGAAGAUAAAGAUAAAGAAGAACCUCAAGGAGAGCAGGCCUCUGCACCUGAACAGGCAGCCCUGACGGACGCACAAAAUAAUCAAGCGGCCAUACAAGCAGCACCGCAGACCUCCUUGCCAGCCAUCAUGGCCAGCUAAUUGCACCAGGAGAGACCAUUGUUGAUGCUGCAGACUGUCUGGGAUAACCCUGGCUUCAAGCUUAGAAAGUCGCUAGAUUCAGAGAGUGAAAACAUCAGUCUGAGAAAUAAGGAAAAUCAAGUGAAAUUAUAAAGGGCUGCUCAAAUACCUUCUUUUUUUUUGGCGUAACUGUCUCUAGCAAGGCAGUUGUGUACUCAAUUGAAUUGGACAAUAUCAGUGCGGAGAAAAGAAUGACUUUUAAACAAAUGAAACGAAUGAAGAAAAUUUAAUCUUUGAUGCUUUCUAACAGUGGUGUUGUAUUCAAAUAACAAAACCAUUCAAUUCAAUAACCCCAUUCAUGUAUUUCCACUUCACUGCUUAUGUUUCACUUAGUUACCUGUUCAUGU